CCACGCCCCCUUCACGCACGACUUUUGGCCUUGGCGGUGUAAAUUUUGCGUUCGUGUCCGUGGACAACGAGGACACAAUGUACGCACAGUCGUUCGGUGGGCAGGGCGACAACAACCUGGCGAGCCUCAGCCCCAACGUCAGGCCCCUGUCUCCCUUCUUGAACAUCGACCCCAACGCGAUCCGCGGCACGCAGCCAGAGUUUAUAUUCCCUGAAGGCGCCGCAAGACAGAGGGGCCGCUUUGAGCUCGCGUUUUCGCAGAUCGGCGGCUCAUGCAUGAUCGGUGCGGCCAUCGGUGGAGGCACCGGACUCUAUAAGGGCCUCAGGGCGUCCACCCUCGCCGGAGAGACUGGCAAGCUGAGGAGGACGCAGGUUUUGAACCACGUGAUGAAGCAGGGCGCCGCUAGUGCAAACACCCUGGGGGUGGUGGCUGUGAUGUACAGUGGCUUCGGAGUGCUCCUUUCGUGGGCACGCGGCGAGGACGACGAGUACAACACGCUUGCCGCAGCCUCUGCUACAGGCUUGCUGUUCAAGUCUUCGGCAGGCCUCAAACGCUGCAUGCUGGGCGGCGGUGUGGGCUUUGGCCUCGCGGCCGUCUACUGUCUCUGGGCUUCCAGGGUACGGAUGGACAAUGUCCGGACAAUGCACUUUUAAAGAUAUCUAAAAAAUAUUAGUCUCCGCGGAAAGUGGAGCGGCAGCGGCUCAGCGAUCGAUUGUCACUUAUCUGAUAGGCUUAGCGUCUCUUUCUGCGUCAAUCGUUAAAAUAAUUGUCUACGCUUUCAUUUGAUUGUGGCUAAUAAAUAAUUACUAGAUUUCUUAGUUAAUUACAAGUCUUUCCAUUUUAAAUUAAAAAUUCCAUUUCUUAUUUCGUGGAAAAUUUUCAGAGGGAAAUAGUAGCUUUAGAGCGAUACCUAUUAAACUGGAAAAGAUCAGGCUUUUCAUUUAAAUAAAUCAGCCGUUAUUUAAUAAAAUCUCGACAGUGGUUUCCAAACUUAUCAUCUAGACAAAAACAGUAAAAAAUUUCAGUAAAUCAUCAUACUUUAUUUCAGUCUUUAAGUACAUAAUAGUCUGGGUCGUCUGGGACCACUCCAGCUCUGUCCUCCUGGACAGGGUUUUCGUAAGUUGUUUGCCAGAAGGGUUGCCUUUACUCAUACGCUUUUAUAAUUUUAUUGACUGAGUCAUUGUGCACUAUAAUGUGGGUGUUUGACAAAAUGUGAAUACAAACAACAGCAAUAAGAGUAUUCAACAAAUUCAGUCCAGCUGUUAGUAAUCAGUCAUGAAAUUGAAUUGCAUCCUCUCUUCACAUAUAUAGAUCCUGGGCCCUGAAAUUCAAACAAAUAUUUAACAUAUCGCUAAUUCCAACAAUAUUUUUGCUUCUAACUUGGGGUGUUUACAAAUUUUUUCCUAUCUUACAAUUUGAUCCUUGAGUAUUUGUGCUCAGUUUCCUUGUUUGAUGCCAUUGAAUCAGCCAUCCACUAACACUGCGUCUAUUUCUUCCUGGACCUGAUAAUUUAACAAAAUCAAUAUAAAACUUACUGAAAAUUCAAUUUGAAACCUGUUCCAUUGUAGCGUUAACUGGAACAACGCACGGCACGACUUUCUUUGGUUUGAAAUAUUUGACAAAUGCGAUCAGUUCAGCACGCGACGAGUGCAUUGAAUGGGAUAUCUGCACCAGGUUUAUCCCUUUGUGUUCUCUCACAGG